ACGUGUGUCCAAACGUAAAAACGGAAAUUCAAAUUUAUAUUUAAACAAAAAUGUUACCUGUAAAUACUCAAACUCCAAAUCAUAAAGGUGGACAUUUUAUAAAUACAUCCACAAAUGUUGUCGGUAAAACUCAAAUACGUCCCUCGUCACCGCGACAAUUUUUCGCUCGAAUUUACGGUCAUCUUGAAAAUAAUACUAAUAAUAACCACAAUACCAGCAGUGAAAAUGUUACUCCCAUCACAACAAUAUCGAAUUUAAGAUCAAACGAUGCCACCACAUUUGCCACGUAUUUGCCUCAGUCGGCUUCUCCCAUAUGUGAUACAAAUUAUCAAAGUGACGGCGCUAGCACUUCGUCACCUGAUAUUUCAAUAAGUGAUGAAAGGUGUGUGUCUGUGUUUUGUGUGCAUUUAAGAAAUAUUCGAAAAUUUUUUUUUUAUUUUAUUUUAAUGUUAAAAUAUUAUUUUUUUUUUCUAAUUUUAGUGGCUCGUCGUCGCCGCAAAGAGGGUAGACAACGUCGUCAACGUACCACGUUUAGUAAUGAACAGACCUUGCGUUUGGAAGUGGAAUUUCAUCGUAAUGAGUAUAUCUCACGUAGUAAACGUUUUGAAUUGGCCGAAUCAUUAGGUCUUUCGGAGACACAAAUUAAAAUUUGGUUUCAAAAUCGUCGAGCGAAGGAUAAACGAAUUGAAAAAGCCCAAAUUGAUCAACAAUAUAGAAAUUUUGUGGUGGCCAAUGGUUUUAUGAAUUCCAUAAUGGGGCAUACAGCAACUUAUACGCCCACAGCUCUUCAACAAAAUUUCUAUCCUCAACAGUCGCAGCAACAGCAACCGCAGCAUUUGAAUGCAACUAUGCCGUCGAAUAUAAAUGCUGCUCAUAUUGGAUCAAAGACUACAGCUACAACUACGACAACACCUUCUUCGCAGCCAUCCCAUAUUCAUCAUAAUCACCACACACACCUCGCCACAUCAACCGGAAGAUUGAAUGAUUCCCUUAUCAAUAACACAAACAACAACUUGCCAAAUUCCAAUAAUAAUUACAUCGACAUUAAUAGUUUUCACAAACAGGAGAGUGGUAGUGGCUCAGGACUUGCCAAUAACAGUUUAUGUGGUGAUGGCUCCAGUGGUAACAAUUGUAACUUUAAUAAACUUAUUAAUUCGUGUUAACAAAAUCAUUUGUAUUAAGAUUUAAUUUUAAAGAUUUAUACGUACAUACCAUGUGUAUGUAUUUAGGAUUUAAAAAUUACAUUUUCAACAGCAAUAAAAAAAAUAUAAUCAAAA